GUUUCCGCAUCAGCUGUUCUUUCUGAAUCGCAAGAUGGCGAUAUUCAGUGUUUAUGUAGUCAACAAGGCCGGUGGACUUAUUUACCAAUAUGACAAUUAUGUCCCUCGGACAGAAGUAGAGAAAACGUUCAGCUUUCCACUCGAUAUAGUGCUCAAGAUUCAUGACGAGAAGGUGUUGGUUUCUUUCGGCCAGCGGGACGGAAUCCGAGUUGGUCACGCUGUGCUUUCGAUAAACGGAGUGGAUGUAAAUGGCAAGUACACAGCAGAAGGAAAGGAAAUAGUGGAAUAUCUGAAGGAUCCAUCAAACUAUCCAGUGUCCAUCCGGUUUGGCCGAGCACGACUGACCUCCAAUGAGAAACUCAUGCUGGCUUCAAUGUUUCACUCGCUUUUUGCCAUCGGAUCACAACUGUCUCCUGAGGUCGGCAGCUCAGGGAUCGAAAUGCUGGAGACAGAUGUGUUUAAACUACACUGCUUCCAGACACUCACAGGGAUCAAGUUCAUCGUACUAGCAGAUCCUCGCCAGUCUGGUGUUGAUGCGCUCCUGAGAAAGAUCUAUGAAAUCUAUUCAGACUUUGCCCUAAAGAAUCCUUUCUACUCUUUGGAGAUGCCCAUAAGAUGUGAACUUUUUGACCAAAAUCUAAAGAGUGCUCUGGAAGUAGCAGAGAAAGCUGGAACAUUUGGGACAGGUUCCUGAGCAGACCUGCCACGUGUGAUGUAACUGUAUAGGCUCAGCAACCAACUGUAUAUAAUGUGGAUUAAACUACGGACUAAUCGACAAUGACACCAAAAUGGUGGAUAAACCAGAGCUGGACUAGAAAAUGUUGUUUGAUGGGCACAUGAAACUAUGAACAGUCUUGUGUUUCUAGCACCACACUGUACUUGGUCCAAACCUGUUCUGUUUUAAGUUCACCAUGUCUGCAUAAAUAAAGGUUUCACUUAAAGAUUAGAACUCAAA